AAAGAAUUCCUCUAUAGAUUGCUUUGAAAUAUCGCACGGCGAUUCAUAAGCUACUGCGCAUACGUGAUUAAACAAGGAUACAACACUAUAAUAAGAGGUAUGCACUUUGCGCAGGUGCAAGACGAUAGGAUUGACAGUAUUGUCUGCACUUAACACUUUAGUGCCGUGCGGAUAUAUCUAUUCAAUUUUAAUGUGUAACUUUAAAUCAUAAAUGAUAUUUCAAACUCUGUUAAAGUCACUCACUAUUUUAAUAAAUGGAAUAUUUUCAAGUACAAACGUAAUUCUACCAUUUUAAUGAAAUACUGAUCGAAAUUUGGAACUGAGGUUAGAAUGAGGAGCAUCGUCAAUAUUUUGAAAAUGUUUGUCGCCUUUUUUUAUGAUUAUGCACGAGGAUUGUCGUAUACCAUUACCAUAGUUUUGAUUCUGGGUUACUGCUUACACCCAGCUAGAUUUGCUUCGCAUUAUACGUUUAUAAAAGCAGAGGAUAUUUAUGAUGAAAUGGAAAGAUCCUAUCCGGCUAGAGAUAACUCUUGUUCGAUCACUGUUAAUCCCAGAAGAUCUUCAUCAUUAUUGUAUCCUGAAGAACAACCACGGGAAGACCCGGUGGCAAUGGCACGCCGGUUAGGAAUAUUACCUGGAGGACAAUGGAAACCCCUUAACUGCCAUCCUCUUUUUAACGUAGCGAUUAUUUUGCCAUAUAGAAAUCGCCAAACGCAACUUGCCAUUUUCAUGAACUAUAUUCAUCCUUUCUUACAAUCUCAAAAUCUUGAUUAUAGAAUAUUUGUAAUAGAGCAAAGUCCAAUGCGUGAAUUUAAUCGUGCAAAGCUCUUCAAUGUUGGGUACGCAGAAGCAACAAAAGUGAAUGACUUUCAUUGUUUCAUCUUUCAAGAUAUAGACUUGAUACCUCAGAAUCCUGAUAAUAUAUAUGCUUGUACAAAGAUGCCUAGGCAUAUGAGUUCAAGUGUAAAUACAUUUCGUUAUAAUUUACCUUACACUGGCUUAUUUGGCGGUGCAAUUGCAUUAACACGUAAACAGUUUGAAAGAGUCAAUGGUUUUUCCAAUGUUUUUUAUGGUUGGGGUGGAGAAGAUGAUGAUUUUUAUAGUCGUUUACAAUCAAGAGGUUUCCAGGUCACACGUUUUGGUCCUGAUAUUGCUCAAUAUUAUAUGCUAAUACACAAAAAAGAAUCUCCUAGCAGUGCUAGAUUUGAAAAUUUAGAGAAUAGUGCUAGAAGAUAUGAUACCGAUGGAAUUAGUAACCUUGAAUAUAGGGUUUUGAAUCAUCAAUUAAGGCCACUAUAUUCUUGGAUAUUAGCAGAUGUGUAGUCAUUGUAUCUAUUUAUUUAUUAUUGUUUACCAAUGAUGAUGGCUGUUUAUAGAUAUUAAUUGCAACUUAAUGACAUUAAAGUCUUAGUUUUUACAGAGAAUGGAAAUGAAAUUUCAUAAAAAGACACUUUUGUAACAACUUAGGUGUAAUAAUAGGGACUUUUAUCCAUCAUGCAUAAACGUUCUAGUAGAACAAGAGUAUUGCUAUCACUUUUUAUAUACAUAUAUAUUGUUUUCAUAGUAACAUAUGUGAUUUUAGUUUGUAUAAGUUGGUGUAAAACAAAGUAUAGAUUACUCAAUAUUUCCUAUGAUAUUGUACAUGGUACCUAAGGUAUUGCUAUGAUAUGUUAAUAGAAUAAUAAAUUAUGGAUUAUUGCAAUUGGAGAUACAUAUCUACUGCUAAUAAAAAUAGCUUGCUAUUUAUGUAUCAAUAUUUAUUAUGAGAACAAAAUAUUUACUAAUAAUUUUUUCAUUGGUCAUUACACAAUCUAUCAGAAAUAACAAAUAGUUACAAAUACAUUUCCUAAUUAUUUUCAUGUCCGAAGUAACGCAGUAUUCUAGAAAAACCAUUUUCUUAAGCAAGCGCGGAUUUAAUAGUACAAAACUUCUUUACACAAAUAGAAUAUUGUAGUUUGUUCCUCUAGCAAUAUUGCAACAAAUCAAAGUAUAAAUAUGACUGUCAAUUUUUUCCUAAUGUAUUAAUAAAUUUAUUACUUAGUGCUUAAUAAUAUUUUUAAGUAUUGCAUUUAUAUGACCUGAAAUGAACAAAUAUAUUAUUAUGAUUAGAAUAUUAUGUAAUUCUUUAGACAUUGAAGACAGUAAAAAUACAUGAUAACAAUAAAUUACGGAGUUGCAAUAAGAUUGUGUGAUGUUAUAUGCAAAAUGUAGUUGAAGAAAUAUAUUUAGUACAAUCUAAACAAUUUUUUAUUUCAUAUUACUGUCUCCAUUGAGUCAAACACUUUUUAAUAGCGGUAAAUGUAUACAUUUUAAGAUACGAACAAGCCUUAGGCAUCAAACCCUUUUUACAUUCUAACAAUGGAUAAUUUGCAAAAAUUUUAUUGAAAAACUAAACUUGAAGUUCAAAUGUCGAAUCAUCGAAAAUAUUUCAACUAAUGGUAUAAGUACAAGUGUCUUGAUAUAAAUGAUACAAUUAUACCAAGAAUGCUCGUGUUUUCUUCUAAAAAGAAAAUUGUAUAUCAUUCAACAAAAAUAAUAUGUAAAAUUUACUCCAAGGGUUUAAUUUAAAAAUAUUUUAGAAUGUAUAACCAAUUUACAAUUGACAUCUUGUAUGUACAUAGGUAAUUUUAUUUUAGGAAGGUAAAUUAUAUUUGAAUACUCAAAUAUAUAAGUAAAAAAUAUGUAAUAUUUUAAAUACAACUUCGUUUUAAUUCCUAUCAUUAAAAAGAAAAAGAAAUAUAAAAUAAUAUAUAGAAAUUUUGAUUUUCCAAAGACGAACGCGAUUGUAUUGCAGGCAAUAAAUGCUGCAUGUAUUUUUAUUAUGUUUGUUUAACCUAUUUAUUUAUUACAUGGGUUUUGCAUAUGUAAUUAAAAAAAUAAUGACAAGUAUACAAAUGACUGUAGAAAUGUGUAUGUAUAGCGAAGAAUGUGUGAUAUCCAAAAAAUACAGCGUAAAUCAUAAUAAAAAAAAAAGAUUACAUACAUAUGUAUGAGUAUAAAUAUAACUAUCUUUCUAUAUAUGUAUGUAUGUGAAUCUGUCAUAAUUACAUUAUAAAGGAAUUAUGAAAUUUAAUGCAAAGUGUUAUAAUAUAAUAAACAUCAUGCAACCAGUGAUAAGUUUGAUUGCACUAGUUUAUAACUAAAGUGUACAAAUACAUUCUUGUCAAUGAAGCAUCAUGAAAUGUCAAUGAAACGUAACAAGUUAUUUAUAAAUACAUUGUUACAGAAAUAUUUCAUAAUGCUUCAAUGUAUUUUAUUUAUGAAAAGUACUACAUUGUGCACAAACUGUUAAACGAGAACUGCUUAAUGUAGUAACUUUUUGUCUCGACUAUUUCUAUUGGUAUGUAUUUGCGGUACAUUCUUGGGUGUACAUUGUACUUUCCUACAAAAAGCAAGUAUUAGGAUGAUUAAACGAACGUAUAUUGUUCCAAGAUUGUAUUGUAGAAAUAAUUUAAAACUGUGAACAUUUAAACGUGAGAUGUAUUAAAAUUGAAUGGAAAAACACGGUGUAAAAUUAAAAAUGUUAUCAAUUCAUUAGUCCUAAGAAUAUCAAACACAAUAGUGUCUCACUAUACAGUUUUAGACUAGGUUAUAGGAGAGGAAAAAAUUAUGGAAAGAAUCAUAUAAACGGAAUUUAUUCCAUGCAGUGGUUUGAUUGUUAAAACGCUACUGUCAGUUGUGUAGUUCAUGAAUGCUAACUUUUUUAAUGCGAGAAGUUACGCUAAAAAAAUAAGUCGCCUCUAAUAUUCGUGGAAGUUCAUAUGAAAGGGAAGUCACUCAAUGAGCCAUAUAGCGAGACCGUACUGUAUUAUCAAAAUAUGUAUAGGAAAAACAAUAAAAAA